UUGUACAAAUCAAAAGAAAUCAGUAGAAAAGUAACUAGAACUAGAUUUCAAGUCUGAGCAUUUUGUUCUGCUUUGUUUUAUUUUCCAGAUCGACAUUCUAGCCAAAGAUGAUGUUUUCUGUGGCUUGAGACUUGCAGUCACAUAUUUCUACAAGCCAAAAGCAUGGCUUCUCCUCGCCUUGAGACCUUCUGCUGUCCAAAUCGUGAUGCUGCAACGGAUUUUAUCAUCAACUUCCAGCCUAUUUUUUUCACCUCUAUGUGUGCAGGAAGUGCCGGGGUGAGCAUCAUCUUCUCUUUCCUGCAGAUUCUUCCCAAAAGGAGAGGGUACAGGCGAUUUGGGAUGUACCCACUCCCAAAGCCAGCCUCUUCAUCCAGGAUUCUCUUCAUCAUAAGCGUGUGCGAUAUUCUAGGAUGUGUGGGAAUAAUCUUAAGAUCAUCAGUCUGGCUCGGCGUUCCCAGCAUCAUCAGGGAAAUUUCAGUCACUAACAGCAGUAACGUGUGGCCUGAGGUUUUCUGCGUGGGCAGCGCUAUGUGGAUCCAGCUCUUCUUUAGUGCUUCCUUCUGGUGGAUGUUCUGCUAUGCGGUGGAUGCAUUUCUGGUGGUCAAACGAUCAGCUGGAAUCAGCACCAUUGUUCUGUAUCAUAUGAUCACAUGGGGUUUGGCGGUGCUGUUGUGUGUUGAAGGUGUAGCAAUGCUUUAUUACCCCUCCCUUUCAAGUUGUGAAAAUGGCCUUCAGCACGCCGUCCCUCACUACAUCACCACUUAUACUCCAAUGCUGUUGGUGCUUUUAGUCAAUCCAAUCCUCUUCUCACUCACUGUCACAGCUGUUACAUCACUACUGAAAGGUCGUCAAGGAAUUUACACAGAAAACGAGAGACGUUUAGGAGCAGAAAUCAAAAUGCGCUUCUUCAAAAUUCUCCUGGUCUUUGUUAUCUGCUGGCUGCCCAACCUGAUUAAUGAGAGUUUGUUAUUUUACCUGGAAAUGCAACCUGAUGUUCAAGCUGCUGAGCUAAAAAAUGUUCGUAAUGCAGCUCUCAUCACUUGGUUCAUUAUGGGCAUUCUGAACCCCAUGCAGGCCUUUUUGAACACAUUGGCCUUCCAUGGCUGGACAGGAUUUGACAUUGUCCUGAAUCUACAGAGGCGCUGUGAGGUACCGUGGGACUCUGCUUCCACUUCACUUGCAACGGCUGGAGGUUACAAUCCCAUGAUGUCAUCCGCCCUGCUCUAUCAGAGCCAUGUUCAGGAUGGGAAGAAGAUGGGGAACGGACACCAACUUUCAUCCGAUGCAGUCAGCAUACUGUCUGAAAGUUCCACUUCUAGUCCACUUGAAAUCCACAUUUCAAGUGAACUUCAAGACCGUGAGGAAGCUGAAGCAGGAGCAGUGGAAGAGACACUGAGGCAAUAGAUGAUGAGUCUCUUCCAGAACAUUCUCUGAAACUCUGCAGAACAUGGAUAAACAGUGUCUGAUUACACACCCUUAUUCUGGAGCGGUGCUUCUCUCAGAAAGAGCUUUUCCUUAAUUCUGUUUAUAGAAAUAAAUUCUAGGUAGUGAAAUAAGUACAGCUAAAUGAGCUUUUAUUUACACAGUAGAUUAUAACCUUUUAGCACAAACAAUCUGUUCAUUCUGAAUCAUGUGUUUUAUAUUCAAUCGCAUCUCUCCUACAGCCCACAGGCUUCUCUUCACUGUAGAUGCUCCCUGCACAGGAGGGUUAUGUCAUCACGUGACUUAAUGUGUACACAUAUUUAUAUAACAUGGAUACAUUUCGGGUUUUAUGAUCUAGUGAAUAGGAUAUGUGGAGCUACGGUGCCAAAAAGGUAUAAAAUAAAACAGGCAACACAUUUCCUUCUGUGAGUUCUGAAGACUAAAGUGACUUACAUUUUUGUACUCCCCAUUAAAGGAAAGCUGUGAAUGUCGUCUCACACGUUUAUCAUGAUGUGGCUGGUUCUCAAAUACCUCAGUUUUUAAUUGCAACAUCAGGUAACUCCAUAAACUAAAGAAAGUAAAGAAGGACAAAAAAAAAACUAUUUUCUUCUCAUAUUCGAGACAGUAUAUCGAGACAGCCUGAGCCCUGGACAUAGGUUAAGAGGUAUUCGACCAACGCUCGUAACAUGUAAUUCUUACCUUCCCCUAUACUCAGGAAAUUGCGGUGACCUCCUCAACCCCUUAACCUUUUCUGUAAUCAAACAGCACGUGUCCAGCCUCAUUUCCAGAACGAAAAACAACAAAAAGCUAAACAGAAGGGUAGAAAUAAUUUUAAAUUCUACUUCCACGUCUGUUUUGGAAAAGAAAGUUCCAGCUUUAAGUAUUCUAAAGCUCUGACACUGAAGACUCCUUCCAUCAGUGUUAAAUUCUCCUUACACAAUCUUAACCGUGUCACUGAUUGCACACGGUUUCAUCAAGUUUUGACUGUGAUUAUGAUGCGAGAUGAGGUGGUGCUAUUCAUUUGUCUGUCAGGAGUAACUUCCAGUGUAAGGAAUUCUUUAUUCACUUUUAUUCUUUGUGUAUGUAUACUAUGCUCAUGUGUGUAUUGUCAUGUAUUACA